AUUGAGCUGUGUCAUCAGUUCCCUCAUGGUAUCACAGACCAGGUGAUUCAAAAUGACAUGCCUCACAUGGAAGCCCAGCAGCGAGCCAUGGCGAUCAACAGGCUGCUGUCGAUGGGGCAACUGGACCUUCUCAGGAGCAAUGCAGGCCUCCUGUAUAGAAUCAAAGAGUCUCAAAAUGCAAGUAAAAUGAAAGGCUCUGACAAUCAAGAGAAGCUGGUUUACCAAAUUAUAGAAGAUGCAGGCAACAAAGGUAUUUGGAGCAGGGACAUAAGAUACAAAAGUAACUUGCCUUUAACGGAGAUCAACAAGAUACUGAAAAACUUGGAAAGCAAGAAACUAAUUAAAGCAGUUAAAUCUGUGGCAGCAUCCAAGAAGAAGGUGUAUAUGCUAUAUAACCUGCAGCCUGACCGGUCAGUGACUGGUGGGGCUUGGUACAGUGACCAAGACUUUGAGUCCGAGUUUGUGGAGGUGUUAAAUCAACAGUGCUUUAAAUUUCUGCAGAGUAAGGCAGAAGCAGCUCGAGAGAGCAAACAGAACCCCAUGAUACAGAGGAACAGCUCAUUUGCCUCAUCCCAUGAGGUGUGGAAAUACAUCUGUGAACUGGGUAUCAGUAAGGUAGAGUUAUCAAUGGAAGACAUUGAAACCAUUUUAAAUACACUAAUAUAUGAUGGAAAAGUGGAGAUGACUAUUAUUGCUGCGAAGGAGGGGACGGUAGGCAGUGUGGAUGGACAGAUGAAGUUGUACAGAGCCGUUAGUCCUCUCAUACAACCCACUGGGUUAGUCAGAACGCCCUGUGGACUCUGCCCCGUUUUUGAUGACUGCCAUGAAGGUGGUGAGAUUUCUCCAUCAAACUGUAUUUAUAUGACAGAGUGGCUGGAGUUUUGAAGUGAAAGAAAACUGUAAAAUGGAUUUGUGUUUCACAGCCAAGAUGACAAAGCAGCUUGCUUUCCUAAAAGCAAACUUCUAAACUUGUGAGCGGCUUCAGGACACGGAGUGACUUUGUUUUUAAUGAAACAUAAGGCAGCAACAGAUCAGUUGCAUGAACAGUC